UUGAUUUGACUCAUCAGCUUUCUCUGUACCACCGCUCUUCAUUCACUCUCUAGCUCACUCAACCAUAGCUGCUCUCUCUCUCUCUCGCUCUUGGUUUCUCUCAUUCUUUUUAAAAUGUGUCUGGCAGUUGGCAUCAAUGCUCUCCCCUCAUCUAAAUAACGGCUUUUCCGACCGCAUGGCACAGUUUACAUCUGUAUUCACUGGCUGUGAUUGGUCACCGGAGCGUGACGUCAGGUUGUGUUUCUCCAGGUUUCAAAUUAAUGGGAGGACGUACCGUGAAGCAAUGAAGGAAUUGAAAGUGAAACUUUGUCAGAAACACAAAGGAGCUGCAGUCGGCACAAGCGUCUCUGUUUCUGUCUGAGGAAAAAGUCGAGUUUCUCAAACAACUGAUAUGUCUGCUGCCAGCUGUCUGAUAUCUGAAGAUCCGUUUCUGUGCUCCAUCUGUCUGGAUGUGUUCACUGAUCCAGUCAGCACACCAUGUGGACACAACUUCUGCAAAAACUGCAUCAAUGACCACUGGAACAGUAAUGACCAGUACCUGUGUCCAAUGUGUGAAAAGGUUUUCUACACAAAACCCGAACUGGAAGUCAACACUUUGUUCUCUGAGGUGGUUUCUCAGUUCAGACAGGAAGCUCAACAGAAAGCCAGCAGCAGCAGCUCAGAGCAACAAGCUGCCAAACCAGGAGAAGUUCCCUGUGACGUCUGUACUGGAACCAAACUGAAGGCCCUGAAGUCCUGUCUGGUGUGUCUGGCCUCCUACUGUGAGACUCACCUCGAGCCUCAUCUGACAAUGUCAGGUCUGAAAAGACAUCAGCUGAUGGACCCUGUGGAGAACCUGGAAGACAGGAUGUGUAUGAAGCACGAUAAACCUCUGGAGCUGUUCUGUAAGACCGACCAGACAUGUGUCUGCAUGCUCUGCUCUGUUUUAGACCACAAGUCACAUGAUGUUGUUCCUCUGAAAGAAGAAUAUGAAGGAAAGAAGGAAGAGCUGGGGAAGACAGAGGCUGAAAUUCAGGAGAUGAUCCAGAAAAGACGACUGAAGAUUGAAGAGAUCAAACACUCAGUUGACCUCAGUAAGGAAGCUGCAGACAGAGAAAAAGCAGAAGGUGUUCAGGUCUUCACCGCCUUAAAGAAGACUGUUGAGAGUGGCCAAGCAAAACUCAUCCACUCAAUAGGAAAACGGCAGAAACAAACAGAGAAACAGGCUGAAGACUUCAUCAAAGAGCUGGAACAGGAAAUCUCUGAGCUGAAGAAGAGAAGCUCUGAGGUGGAGAAGCUCUCACACUCUGAAGACCACCUCCACCUCCUCCAAAACUUCCCGUCCCUGAAAGCUGCUCCACCCACCAAAGACUGGACAGAGGUCAGUGUCCGUCCAUCAUAUGAGGGGACUGUGGUGAAAGUUGUGGCUCAGCUGGAGGAGACGCUCAGUAAACAGAUGAAGAAGCUGUUCGAGGCUGAGCUGAAGAGGGUCCAGCAGUAUGCAGUGGAUGUGACUCUUGAUCCUGAUACAGCACAUCAUAAUCUCAUCCUGUCUGAUGAUGGGAAACAAGUUCACUGUGGUGAUGUGAAGAAGAAUCUCCCAGACAACCCAGAGAGAUUUUCAGAUUGUGGUAAUGUUUUAGGAAAGCAGAGUUUAUCUUCAGGCAGAUUUUACUUUGAGGUUCAGGUUAAAGAGAAGACUGACUGGACUUUAGGAGUGGCCAGAGAGUCGAUCAACAGGAAGGGACAAAUCAUUCUGAAACCUCAGAAUGGUUACUGGACUAUAUGGUUGAGAAAUGGAAACGAGUACAAAGUUCUUGGUGGGCCUGAUGUCAUUCUCUCUCUGAAGUCUCCUCCUCAGAAGGUGGGGGUGUUUGUGGAUUAUGAGGAGGGUCUGGUCUCCUUUUAUGACGUAGAUGCUGCAGCUCUUAUCUACUCCUUUACUGGCUGCUCCUUCACUGAGAAACUCUACCCAUACUUCAGUCCCUGUGAUAAUGAUGGUGGGGGAAACUCCGCCCCUCUGAUCAUCUGUCCUGUCAAUCAAACUGCCUGAUCUAGUGAUGGAAGACAGAUUAGAUAAAUAGAUCAUUAUUGGGUUUUUUGAUGUUGUUGUUGUUGUUGUUUUCAUUUUGCUUAUGUUAUUUAAGAAGCCUCCUCACUGUCCAUUUUUAAAACUCGUCUUAAAACCCAUUUUUAUUCCUUGGCUUUCAACCAUGCAUGAGACUCUGCUCCUGUUUUAGUGUUUUAUGGUUUGUUUUUAGUUAUUGUUUUAUUGUUUUUAAUUAGUUUUAAAAACAAUAAACAAUUAUUUUAGUAUUUAUUUCUUGUUAAUUGUUUUAUGUUCCUGUGUUGUUUUAUUUAUUUGUGUACAGCACCUUGUUUCAGCUGUGGUUGUUUUAAAGUGCUUUAUAAAUAAAGUUGAGUUGAGUUAUGUUGGAUUUUUACCUUUUACCUAU